GAGGAAGAACGGGAGAGGGAGGAGCCGUUGCUGAGCGUGGAGGGGGCGGAGGUGAGAUCGUCUGGUGAUGAUGAUCGGUGGCGGCGUCGCGACCCCUCCUGGUACUGCCAAGUCGGCGGCUGCGAUCGACAGCGAAAUGGUACAGGUCGACGGCAUUGGCAGUGGUAGUGUCAGUGGCAGUGCUAGUGGUAGUGGUAGCCCAGCAACGGGUGCAAUUACCACGCGCCUCACAAACAAUAGCAGUAGCGGUACCAAUAAUAACAACAACAACAACAACAACAAUAAUAACGGGGAGAUUAGCAACAAUAAUGACGGACACGGAGUCGCGAAUUGCACCGGUACGACCGCCUCGAGCGCAAGUGACAAGUUCUGCUGUCAGGACGAGGACGUUCCCGCCAGCACUGGUGUUGCCCGACCUUGGGAACCACCGUCGCCGACCUUCUCCCAGACGAGAUCGCACCUGCUGCAGGUACAUCCGCCGCACCAUCACCAGCAGCAUCCGCCGGCGCAUCAUCACCAGCAGUUGAAUGUACCUGCUUCCCUGAUCGAUGGUGUGAAUUUACAAAAUUGUACGGCCGGUCCUUUCGCCAGUGGUAACAAUGGCAACGCAUCGCGGCAACGUCUAAUCGAAUUGUCACAUGGAUUAGGAGCACUCAGGCAUUACAACGAUCUCGCCAACCACGUGUUGUCAUUAAACCAACAGGGCGCAGUCGUUACGAAACUUUUAGGUACGUUGCGUCCACCGGGUCUGAUCGGUGGCAGUAAGCCGAAAGUAGCGACACCGGCUGUCGUCGCUAAGAUCGAACAAUAUAAAAGGGAGAAUCCGACUAUCUUUGCUUGGGAAAUCCGGGAGAGGCUAAUCUCCGAAGGGGUUUGCAGUAACGCGACAGCGCCGUCGGUCAGCAGCAUCAAUCGGAUAUUGCGGAACCGUGCGGCGGAACGCGCGGCUGCGGAAUUCGCGCGUGCCGCUGGUUACGGCCUGUACGCAGCCGCUGGGCCGCAUCCGUACUUCAAUUCGCACCAGCAUCCGACGACGAGCCAUCAUCUGCCGGCCGCAUCCGCGUCCGCGGGCGCUUCCGAGCAUGCACUUCAUGCCGCCGACGCGAUUGCUCGUGGAUAUCUACAAGAUGGCGACGGCGAUGACGGAAGCUUAGACGGUUCAGAGCAGCCAAAGUUCCGGCGGAACCGCACGACUUUCAGUCCGGAACAGCUCGAGGAGCUCGAAAAGGAAUUCGAGAGAUCGCAUUACCCGUGUGUGUCCACGCGUGAACGUCUCGCUUCGAAAACGUCGCUCUCAGAAGCCCGCGUUCAGGUUUGGUUUUCCAACAGACGGGCAAAGUGGCGUCGUCACCAACGCAUGAACCUCUUAAAGCGCUCGCCACCACCGCCUCCACCACCACCACCACCGCCGCAGCCGCAGCCGCAGCCGCCGCCGCAGCAACCGCACUCCGCUACGUCCGCUAUGGAAAUCGGCCAGCGUACGUCCAGCUGCUCCAUCGCCGGCAUGGGCGGCGAAAGUAGCGCGUUCCGCGCGGUUGUCGCUAAUUCCGCAACCAGGGACACCGGCGCGGGCGGCCUCGACCGACCCGAGAGGAUCGACAGGCACGAGUCGGUACCGAAGCAACCGGAAAGGAAACCUAGCGCCUUCCGGAUGAUCAGUCAACUCGUGGGUGACGAUUCGUCCGGACUUUCGAGACCGACCAGUCCCGUCUACGAUCAGCGGCAAUCAUCCGGUCUUGGUCCGCGUCCAGGAUCGGCGCAUAGGAUACGCUACGAUCAGAACGAGGACGAAGACGAGGAGAUCGACGUUCAAGACUCCGACCAGGAUAUACCGUCGUCGCCACCGGUCGCUUGGAGAGAUCAUUGGACUGACCAACAACCGUUGGAAUUGACGAAGCAUGAUCGCUGAACGAGAUGUGGUAUCUCAGUUUUGAUUUCGAGCGACGUGGUCGUUAAAUCCGGAGUAAUGUUUUCGCAAAUCGAGCGGCCGCAUUGCAGUUUUUAUUUCUUGAAAAAUAUUCGCUGGACAUACGUUGCGUGGAUCAGUAACUACCAGUGUUCAAAGUGUGUUGCUGCACCAGUUUUUUUAAAUAUAUUCGUGACCGAUAAGAGUGCAAAAGUGAGAUGAAAAUGUUUUUUUUUUUUUUACGUUGCGCAAAGUACAGAAAAUCACGAAUAGAUAUUAGUAAACCGCAAAACAUCGAUCCGGAAUCGACGUUAUUAGCACGCGAGUGAUCAAGUGAUAAACUGAUAACGUGCUGCAUCUUCAACGGACUCGAAUCGAUAAUUAUCGGCAUGUAGCAUCAGAUGCGGCACCGUGUAUGUGUUUAUCUAAUAUUUCUUCUCUUCUCAUUAAUGUCGGGCUCGGCUCUUCUCUCUAUUGGUUGAAGUUUUUAAUAUCUACGGAACUGCUUAUUACACGAAACAUGAACGAUUUCUUAAGAUCGCGGAUGCGAAUAAGUGUUGCGAGCUGUAUAAUAUUAAAAUGCAACGUCAUCAAUGUCAUUGUAAUUAUUAUUGUUGAUUAGAUAAGUGAUCGAUGCAUAUCGCGUGGUAAAAGUAAACGCUGUUAGAUCGCUCAAAUCUACCUGGGAAGCCAUUCGUGCGAGUAGAGAAUAAAAAUAUAUACCGUGAAGAAAGAAUGAGAUUGUUCGAGCUCAUUCGGAACUAGUCCUAGCGAAUCUUUAUAAAUUAGGGAUAUGCGUUAACUAGAUAUUUGAAAUAGAAAUAAUCGGAAACACAGAUAAUUCUAUAUGAACUGUAUUAAAAUAAUGUUUAUUUAAAUGAAACCGUUUGUAAAUAUCUACACACGGCGUCACAACCCAUUCUCUCUUGCAAACUCUUCCAAAUUCUUCUAACUAUUCUCCGACAGACAAAACUGUUUUUUUGGCGAGCCAUCAAAUA